AUGACAAUGGCGACUACUAGCACGACCAAGAAUGUUACGACCGAGACCAAGCAUGUUCUCUACGUUCCGGACACAUACCAUGAGGAGCCGGUACGGCCUGGAUAUGUCGAUGGGUUAAUAGGCAUAGACGGACUUCGUGCGGCAAUCCCAAAACACUGUUUCCAACCGUCAAUUGUGCGCUCGUUGGGGUUUUAUUUACGAGACAUUCUGUUCAUGGUAUCUUUGCUGAUACUGGCGCUGUACCUUGAACGGCAAAUCGAAAGCCCUGUGCUCAAGUUUGUAGUCUGCGUUCUCGUGUAUCCCUUUCUCGCGGGCAUGCCUGCGACGGGAUUUUGGGUUUUGGGACACGAGGCAGGUCAUGGCUCGUUUGCCAAGAACCGCCUGGUUGGUGACUUUUUUGGUUUCAUCGCCCAUUCGUUUCUCAUGUCGCCAUUCUUCAGCUGGAGGUCAACACAUUCCAGACAUCACGUGUAUGCCAAUCAUAUGGUUAAGGAUCACAACUAUGUGCCCCCAAGAAGGCAUGAAUACUCGGAAUUGUUCAAGCCCAAAGGAGACUUUGAGCUCCGUGAGAUGACUGAAGACGCUCCCAUCGUGAUUCUGGCACGGGUGAUAUUACAGCAGCUCAUUGGAUGGCCCUGGUACUUGCUCACCAACAUCACAGCCGGCAGUCAGGCUGUGCGCCGGCCAUCCCACGGCUGGUGGAACAACAGCCAUUUCGACCCAUGGGGGGCUCUGUUUCGCGCUGAAGAAUUCUGGUCCAUUGUGGCCUCUGACGUUGGCAUUAUCGCCAUGAGCUAUCUCGUGUAUAAAGCCGCAUUCAUCAUCACUUACCUUCACCAUACGUCUCCCCGUCUAGCCAAGUUCUCGCCAGAGUCAUGGACCUUUCUCCGUGGUGCUUUGAGUACCGUGGAUCGAGACCCCGGCUACUUCCUGAGACACUUGUUGCAUCACAUCAUUGACCUCCAUGUUGUUCAUCAUCUGUUCCCACGCAUUCCGCAUUAUCACGCACAGGAAGCUACUGAUGCUCUUCGUCCACUUCUGGGCAAGUACUAUCAUCAGGAUAAGGGUUCAUACUAUGGUGCACUGUAUUCAAACUUCAGAGAUUGUCAAUGGGUCGAGCCCAAUCCCUCCUCUGAGUGGAUGGAAAACGUUCCAAAGGUGAGCCGCAACGACCUUCUCAAGCUGGACGCCACAUGA